AUGCAUUACAUAUCUGCGCUUGACAGGCCUUGUUCUGAAAUGAAAAUAUUUUCACCUUCCUGCAAAAAUCCCGAUGAUGAUAUCUCAAGUGUGCGCAGCUUCAUCGAAGAACGUUACCGUCUUCACUUUGGCUUGGGCCCAGAUGGUCAUCCUAGAGAACUUUCUGCGGAAGAGAAAGAUGAAGUUGAUUUUCUGAUCGAACAUUCGACUUUCAUCACCAAGGUCAUUUUGCGUAUGCAUGAUCUGGAACCGGAAGAUUAUAAAGGAAAAAUUGACAAUUUCCAUAUGCAAGCAAAGCUGGCAGUUUUUCAAGAAGAGAAGGCUAUCAGGGACAAAGAGCUACAGGACAUGAAUAGCGAAAGGCAGAGGAUAUUCUUUCAGCAUAAAGAGAGGUCGGAGCAGCUAUCUCGAGCACGUGCUGGUGAAGAAAGCUCAGAUGAUGAUAUUGAUGACGAUAUGGAAGAGGGCGAGGACGAUUUGGCCCGUCAUCAAACUGAAAUCGAAAACGAGCUGAUA